AUGUUCAAAAGGCACAAGUUCCUUGCUUCAGAACGCAGGAGAGAAUUAAUUUCCCCAGGAGCUACACGGUCCAUACUGAAGAAUGACUUGAGAAAUUUUCAAUCUUUGUCGCAAUUUAUACUCUCAGCAGGCCCUCUAAAAUCAACUCCAGCAGUUAAACAUUCAAAAACUACUCACUUUGAGAUUGAAAUACUUGAUGCUCAAACCAGAAAGCAGAUAUGUAUUGUGGACAAGGUGACACAAAAAUCUACUAUUCAUGAUGUGAAACAAAAAUUUCACAAAGCAUGUCCAAAGUGGUACCCUUCUCGAGUGGGCCUGCAGCUAGAACGUGGUGGGCCCUUUUUGAAGGACUACAUAACCAUUCAAAGUGUUGCAUCUUCCUCCAUUGUCACACUUUAUUUUACAGACCUAGGUCAACAAGUCAGUUGGACUACAGUAUUUUUGGCUGAAUACACAGGACCUCUGCUAAUAUAUCUCCUCUUUUAUUUGAGGAUCCCUUAUAUAUAUGACAUGAAAGAGAGCUCUAGAAGAUUACGUCACCCAGUGGUACACUUGGCCUGCUUCUGUCAUUGUAUACACUAUAUCCGAUACCUUUUGGAAACCUUAUUUGUUCACAAGGUUUCCGCAGGACAUACACCUUUGAAAAAUUUGAUAAAGAGUUGUGCCUUUUAUUGGGGAUUCACUUCUUGGAUUGCCUACUACAUUAAUCACCCAUGGUAUACACCACCAUCAUUUGGAAACAGGCAAGUCACAGUAUCUGCUAUCAAUUUUCUGAUUUGUGAAGCUGGAAAUCAUUUCAUCAAUGUAGUGUUGGCUCAUCCCAAUCACACAGGAAAUAAUGCCUGUUUUCCAAGUCCAAAUUAUAACCCCUUUACGUGGAUGUUUUUCCUGGUUUCAUGUCCUAACUACACCUAUGAGAUUGGAUCAUGGAUUAGUUUCACAGUCAUGACGCAAACAUUGCCAGUUGGGAUUUUUACACUUCUGAUGAGUAUCCAGAUGUCUUUGUGGGCACAAAAGAAACAUAAGAUUUAUCUGAAGAAAUUCAGUUCUUAUAUGCAUAGGAAAUCAGCAAUGAUUCCAUUUAUAUUGUAA